GACCCCCGCCGCCUCCUCCCACCCACACACACGCAAGAUGGCGGCGCCCAGCGGAGAGGUGGCGGCGUUUGGUGUGUGGCUCAGUAAACGGCUGGAAGAGCUGGAAAUAGACGAGGAUGUUUACGGUUCGUACAUCAACGGAAUCUUGCGGGAAGAAGAGAACGAAGAGGAAAAAUCUGAGGCUCUUCAAGCCAUAUUAUCCGCAUUUAUGGAUGAAGAUUCAUUGGCAAUCAUUUGCAAAGAUAUUAUUCAAAAGUGGUCUGAGACCACAAACAAUACCACACAAGAAAAAAAUGUUGAAGAUGAAGUACAUGCCAUUGCAAGUAUGAUUGAGAAACAGGCUCAGAUUGUUGUGAAACAAAAAGAUGCUUCAGAAGAGGAGAAAUCUAGGAAAGCUGCAGUUCUUGCACAGUAUGCAAAUAUAACUGAUGAGGAAGAUGAAGAUGAAGAAGCCCAUGGAACAAGUGGAUUUAACUUUGAUAGUGAUAAAUCUCUCUUUAAAAACACGAACGUUGAGUCUGUUCUUAUCGCAAAAAAAGCAGAAAGGGAGAAGGCUCGGGGAGAUGCACAAAAGAAGAAGGAGCAAGAUAAACUACAGCGAGAGAAAGACAAGCUUGCAAAACAGGAAAGAAAAGAAAAGGAGAAGAAGAGAACACAGAAAGGAGAACGAAAGCGAUAGAUUGGGGGAAAAAUAGACUGGAGUGUGAAGAUGUUCAGAGCUACAAAGUUUACGACCACAAGUAAUAUGAACUGUGAAACACCAAUGACUAUUUUUUGGGGUGGGGAAGGAGGGGAGUCUCGAAGUGCGAAAAACCAUCUUCCUUCAUAAAAUGCCAAAUUUUUGCAAAUAUUGUGUCAAAAUUGAAAGUUCAAGGUCACAUAGUAAAAAAUCUUGGCUAGGUAUUUUCUGCAUCAUAAACUGCUUAAUUAGGUAUUUCAAAUUCUUAAUGUGUUUCAGUUAGUUGUGUCUAACAAUUAAUUGAAAAUAACCUACACAGAGGAAACUAGUUGAAACACGCUAUGGUGGAACCCCUUCAAUGAAGGAAGAGUUUUGUUGGUUUGGUGAAAUGUAACUAAGAAUAAAGGAUUUUCUGGAGAACUAACAUUGGGAUUUUUUUCGAGGCUUUUUUCAAGCCAGUUUCUGGAUGGCUUUAACCUUUUUUGACUGAAAUUAGACAUCACUUUGGCAGUGAUCUCCCUGUGGAGAGAAAGACGGUUUACAUUUUGGGUUUCUCAGAGACUUGAAAUAUUGACUGUUUCUCUCGCCACAGAUGCUGCCAGAUCUGAGUGUUUCCAGCAUUUUGUUUUUAUUUCAGAUUUGCAGCAUCUGCAGUAUUCUGCUUUUGUUUCACUUUUUAGCAUUUUUGAAGAAUGGUGCACUUUUUAGCACUGAAACUGAAAACAUCUACUGAACUUAGUUGAACUAUUAUUCACUUUUGCUUGGGAAAUUAUUUUUCAUUGUAAUUCAUAAUAAAAGCAAAUUUGUCACCUUGUAAA